AUGGCGACGGCGAUACCACUCUUCGCCUCUUUCAAGUACGCCGAUAGUCUCACCGUCGUCGGAAUCUCCUUCUGCACGGCGUUGGUCUGCGAAGCAAUCUCAUGGAUCCUAAUCUACCGCACGAGCUCCUACAAAUCCCUGAAGUAUUCCAUCGACAAGGCCUCGAAGAAGCUCGAGACGAUGAAGACUGAUAAUCCUUCCUCGAAGCUAAGCAUCAAAAAGUCCAAGACGAAGAAGAUCGAUCGCGUCGAGACCAGCCUAAAGGAAUCGAGCCGGGAUCUGUCGCUCUUCAAGUUCAAAUCCGGCGCCGUCGUGGCUCUCGUUCUCUUCGUCGUCUUCGGGUUGUUGAACUCGCUCUUCGAAGGGAAAGUCGUCGCGAAGCUUCCUUUCCAUCCGAUCACGAUCGUGAGGAAGAUGAGUCACAGAGGACUGAAAGGCGAAGAUUCCACUGAUUGCUCCAUGGCUUUUCUCUAUCUGCUCUGUUCCAUCAGCAUAAGGACCAAUCUCCAGAAGUUCUUAGGCUUCUCUCCGCCGAGAGCAUCUGCCGGUACUGGUGGAUUGUUCCCAAUGCCGGAUCCAAAGACGAAUUGA